GUCAUUGAUUCAACUUCCUUAAGUUGGAGCACCCGAAUGAAAGGCUUCGUUGCGUGUUUUGUGAUAGGAUGCCUGUGCUCGCUCUUGGGUAGUUGUCUACUCUGGAUACCAAAGAAAGGGCUGAUACUCUUUGCAGUGUUUUAUACUCUGGGGAAUAUUACAUCUAUUGGGAGCACUAUGUUUCUUAUGGGACCAAUGAACCAACUGAAAAAGAUGUUUGAGCCUACACGUUUGAUUGCUACUAUUGUGAUGCUGCUCUGUCUCAUACUAACACUGUGUUCUGCUUUCUGGCAUAAGGCAGGACUCGCCCUUCUUUUCUGCAUCUUACAGUUUUUUGCCUUGGCAUGGUACAGCAUUUCCUUCAUACCAUAUGCAAGGGAUGCUGUGAAGAAAUUGUUUGCAGUCUGUCUGUCCUAA